UCUAAUUUACCUUUGUCGCUCUUAAUUGGCUGGGCAGACCAUCAGGGGGGUGAUUUUACACAAACAUUGGGUGUCUAUACCACUUGUACACUUUGCAGUGUCCGGCGAGGAGCGACAUCUCCAUUGUGCAGUGAAUCCAAUUUUAAACACAAUUUCGUAUCUCUUGCCUAGCCGCUGUGCGUGUAAGAAGUCCGUACCCAGUCUGCAAAUGGAUAUGAAGCGGUAGUUUCGGCAUCAAUGUCAACAAUUGCAACCCCUAUAACACCAUCUUAUGCCUAUUCCGAAAUCCUGAACGCGAAAGCAUUUUCAGAUCCAAUUCCAACACAGACAGCCAAAUUCCACAGUCACUAUGCAUUUCUCCACGCUCUUUACCUUUGGAUUAGCUACAUAUAUUGCAGCAGCCUCACCUACAAACCUCCAGCGCCGAAAGAAGAUAGGCCAUGACGAAGUCGUUGGGUUCCAAGAAAAAGUGCCAUCUAGUGUUGAAGGAUAUUUAAUGAUGAAAUACAAACCUUACCUCAAGGUGUACAAUGGAUGUGUUCCUUUCCCUGCGGUCAACGCAGCGGGCGAUUACUCGGGCGGGGUAAAACCCACGGGACACUCCAGCGGCGGCUGCUCAGGAAACAAAGGCCAGGUAUACGCGCGAUCCGGAUCCGGCAAAGACGGUGCCUGGGGAAUAAUGUACUCGUGGUACUUCCCUAAGGACUCCCCCUCAUCAGGAGCCGGCCACCGCCACGACUGGGAGGAAAUCGUCGUGUGGCUCGAGUCCAAGUCCACCUCUGCGAAGGUGCGCGGCGUGGCUUUCUCAGGCCAUGGCGACUACGAGAAACACAAGGACCCUCCGUUCAAGGGGUCGCGGCCGCAGGUGGGGUAUAACAGCCAAUGGCCCAUCAACCAUACGUUGAUGGAGACGAGCGAGGUUGGCGGGGAACAGCCGUUGGUUGCGUGGGAUUCGAUGACGGAGGCGGCGAGGUAUGCGCUCAGUAAUGAGGAUUUUGGGGCUGCGUCGGUCAAGUUCAUCGAUAGGGAUGGUACUUUCAAGAAGAAGUUGGAGGAGUCGUUUAUUUGA